AUGUCAUUAAUAGUCCAAUUCACCCCUUUCUCAUCCACCGUCCAUCCCUCCUUCUGGCACGCGCUCACUCAGUUCAAACUCGAUGUGCUCAAGCUUGAUGCGCCGUCUGUCCCUAUUCGGGCGUCCUACUCUGCGGGGAAGACCGUGGUUGACAGGGAAACGGGCAAGGAGGUUGGGUUAGGAUGCCAUUUGUUACUCGGGGAGGAUGCGUUCGACUUGGAUGCUAAACCAGCGAAACACGCGGUCAGCAUUAGGGGCACACUGAUCAACUUCAACACUAUCGAGGAGUUCAAGUCGAGCGAUAAGACCGCCCUCUUCAAUACCGUUACCGACAAGCUCUGGUCUACCGUCUCCAGCGGCUCGAUCUCUAGCUCGCCGGAUACACAGCUCAACACGUUCCUACUGAUCACUUUUGCGGACCUGAAGAAGUACAAGUACUAUUACUGGUUUGCGUUCCCGGCGUUUAUGGCUAGUCCGCUCUGGGAGAUAUCAGAGGCAGGGUGGGGGAUGGCGGAGGACGUACUGGGUGGAGAGGGACUGGAAGGGGUGUGGGAGGGGCUGACAGCGCUGGAGACCGAGGGAGGAGCAGAAGGGGCAUGGCUUGUGAAGAAGGGUAAAAAUGGGUGUGAAGUAGGGAGGGUGGAUCAGUGGGAGGAGUUCUUCAAAGACGUGCCAGAACAAAAUCAAGUCGUCGCGUUCCUCGAUCCUUCAGCUACUCACAACCCCGGCUGGCCACUCCGAAACCUCCUCUCGCACCUUAGGGCCCUUCACCCAUCCCGUCCAUCAGCAUUCAACAUCCUAUGCUGGAGGGACAGCGAGCGUCCUCUAGCUGGGAAACGCUGGGCGAGCCGGUAUGGACGGAUCAGCCUUCCUGGUGCUGCUGGGCAAGCGCAGGGAAAGAGGCCAGCAGCAGUAGGUUGGGAGAGGAACGUUCAGGGAAAGCUUGGUCCAAAACUGGCAGACUUGGCGCCAAUGAUGGACCCAACUCGGCUUGCAAACCAAGCUGUGGACCUCAACCUCAAGCUCAUGCGAUGGCGCAUUCUCCCCGACCUCGAUCUCGACCGUAUCUCCUCCACCCGCUGUCUCCUACUCGGCGCCGGCACACUAGGAUGCUACGUCGCCCGCACCCUGAUGGGCUGGGGCGUGCGCACUAUAACACUGGUCGAUUCUGGCCGAGUGUCAUUCUCUAACCCCGUCCGCCAGCCCUUGUUCGAUUUUGAGGACUGUCUUGAUGGCGGCAAGCCGAAGGCCGCGUGUGCGGCUGAACACUUGCGUAAGAUCUUCCCUGGUGUUAACGCUAGAGGGGUUGAGAUGACAAUCCCAAUGCCUGGGCAUCCGAUACCGCCCAGCGAGGUGGGUAAGGUCAAGCAGACGGUAAAGGAUCUGGAAGAGCUGUACGACACGCAUGAUGCGGUAUUCCUGUUGAUGGACUCGAGGGAAAGCAGAUGGUUGCCGACCGUGUUGGGGACGACGAAGAAUAAGUACGUCCUCAAUGCCGCACUCGGAUUCGAUACCUAUCUGGUGAUGCGGCACGGCGCACGGGAAGGGCCUGCCCCUCCUCCUGAAGCUGGAGAUCACCCCCAACAUGCACGCCUAGGUUGUUACUACUGCAACGACAUCGUCGCUCCCUCAGACUCCCUUACCGAUCGUACGCUGGAUCAGAUGUGCACCGUCACCCGCCCAGGGCUGGCGCCUAUCGCUGCGUCCACUGCUGUAGAACUUCUCGUGUCGAUGGUUCAGCACCCCCUUGGCAUACACGCCCCUCCCUCGGCAGGAAAAGACGAUGACGACCGCCAUUCGGUACUUGGUGCCGUCCCCCAUCAGCUGCGUGGUUACCUCGCCCGUUUUAAUAGCAUACCUAUCACCGGUGCGGCGUAUGAACGAUGCACAGGGUGUAGUGACAUUGCGGUGAAGGAGUACGAAAAGGAAGGAUUCAACAUGGUCCAGCGGGCAUGUGACGAGACCGGCUAUCUAGAGCAGCUAACGGGGCUCAAGGACUUGUACGACGAGAGCGACGCAGUGAUGGAAGCUGUUGAAUGGGACGGUGAUGAUGCGGAGGGGGAUUUCUGAGUGGGGAAGGAUUGAAUGGUGAGAUAGAGCAACGUCUGGGUUGAUUGAUGAUACCUCUUCAGGAACGAUAUACCAUGUUUUUAGUUGCAUAUUGUGCGUAUAAGCAAACUAUCUCAACUCACUUUGUAACGGGAUCAUCUCCCCGGUCAACGAAUAUCACGUCAGGCUGGUAGCGCUCACUCAACACUCCGGUUGUAUUUAGUGCUUACUUGCCUGUCCUUCCAUUUGGAGUGGUGGAAGGUCAACUUGGCGAUACACUAGUUCGGUUGUGCUGUAUCUCGUUUUGGGAAGAAUACUCAUACACUGUAGACUCGAACGGAUGGAAUCCAUC